UGCAGAGUAGACUACAGACCGAGGUUCACCUGAGUCUCCCCCCACCCCCCUAAUUCCAUGGACAAUCAUUCAAACCACCUCUCCACUGUCUCCACCAGCAUUUAAAACUAACGAGUUUUUAUUAUAAGAAACAGCGCUCAAGCUUCUGCGCUUCUGGACCGGAGAUCUGGAGAUGAAGACAGACUUUACGCCUUUCUGUCGGACUUUGAUUGGAAUAGCAUAUGCUGCAGGUCUGGUGAUUGGCUUUUCUAUGACUCCACCCAUCCUCGACAGCUCCAAAGAAGACCUAGUGAUUCCAGUCAACGAAACACUCACCAUUACAUGCAGGGGACAGUACAAUCUGGCCUGGGCCUGGCCUGAUCAGACUCUGUUGGGACAGGAGCUAACAGACCGUCAGUCCCAGCUGCCGACCACCAGGGCCCCCGGUCAGAGGGUUGCCUUGGUCAGCGAGUGUCAUGGGCAGCUCGGGAGGCCGUACUGCAAGAGGCUGGUCCUGACCGGGGUGCGUGCCGAAGACACGGGCUACUAUCGCUGCUACUACAAGGAUGUCAAGGCCAUCAUUGUCGGCACCACUGCCGUCAGCAUUUAUGUUUUUGCCAGGGACCCUGAGAAGCCCUUCCUCAGAAGACACAGCUACAACCCGGAGUAUGACAUGUGGACCAUUUUAAUCACCCGCUUCACCACCCACGUUAUAGUACCAUGCCUGGUCACGGUGCCGGAUCUGAACGUCACUCUCCACACGUUUCCCACGAAUCUGGACACAAGCAGGAUGACAUGGGACAACAAGCGAGGCUGGUCCAUUCCCAAGCAGAUUGUGGACAGUGUGCCGAUAAUCCUCGGAUUAGUGUGUGUCACCACACUGGGAGGCAAAGAUUAUCAAUCUACCAACUACCUGAUCCACAUGACAGGAAGUCAGAUUUACGAUGUCAAGCUGUUUCCUGAGGACCCAGUCGAGCUGAUAGUGGGGCAGCCUCUCACCCUGAACUGCACAGCGUUGGUGGAGUUUAACGCUGGAGUGCACAUUCAGUGGUCUUACCCUCGCAAACAGCCGAACAGUAUGGAUGAAAUGCCCCACCGUGAACCCAAGUUUCACGCCACAGAGGCUUUUAGCAUCCUGACCAUCCACAAUGUCAACGUCACCGACACUGGCCCGUACAGUUGCAACAUCACCAGCACGGACACAACGCAUACCCUACAAACACAGGUCAUAGUUUAUGAAAAGCCAUUUAUCAGCCUCAACUACAGAAAUGGACCAGUGGUGGAGGUAACUGCCGGCCAGAAGUCGUUCAAAUUACAAGUUAAUGUGUCUGCCUUCCCCACACCUGAAACACAAUGGUAUAAAGAUGGAAAGCUGAUAAAUCAGCGCCAAGAGUUCAGGAUAAAAAGGAUGAGGAUGCACCUUAACCAUGCUUUGGAGAUUAAGGAUGUCUGUCAGGAGGAUUCUGGGCUCUAUGCGGUGGUGCUGAGGAACAGUGCCGCUGCGCUGGAGAGGAGGCUCAACAUUACGCUUGUCGUCAACGUUCCCCCACAGAUCCAUGAGAAAGAAGUGGCAGAUCCGUCCAGUCCUUACCCCAGUGGCAGCAGCCAGACGCUAACAUGCACCGCCUAUGGUUUACCUGCUCCCAACAUCAGCUGGCAGUGGAGGGCCUGGGGCCCGUGUGUCCUAAACAGCACCCAAAGCAGGAUGGUCCGACGAGACAGGAAGAGUGACAGGAUCGCAGACUGUCAGAACUGGCAGGACAUUAAUUUGGAAAACUCCAUGAAUGAAAUCGAGUCCAUUGGCACAUCAGUCGAAGUGGUGGAUGGCCGACAAAAGAUAGUGAGCAGGCUUCAGAUUGGCAACGCCAGUGUUUCUGUCAUGUACAAGUGUUCCGCUGAAAACAAAGUCGGCAAAGAUGAGCGGCUGAUCUACUUCUAUGUCACCACCAUCCCCGAGGGCUUCAGUGUGGACGUGCAGCCCACGGAUAAUCCCCUGGAGCAGGAGAAAGUGUCCCUGGGCUGCAGCGCUGACAAUUACACCUACGAGCAGCUGCAGUGGUACCGCCUUGACCCCCAGGCCUUGCAGGACGAGCAGGGCAAGCACCAAGAACUGGACUGCAGGAGCGUGCACCUCUACGCGUAUACCCUUGACAGCCAGCUCUCCUUCCAGGACCACUCCAACAGCUGGGUCCUGGACUUCACCAUCCCCUCCGUGCAGCUGCAGGAUGAGGGUCAUUACGUGUGUGAGGCUCAGAGCAGGCGCAGUGGGGAGAAACAGUGCCUGUUCAGAUACAUCUCUGUGAAAGCCCCGGAGGCGCCUCGGUACAAGCUCAGCCUCACCAACCAGACUGUGAAUGUGACCGAGUCUCUGCGGAUGGAGUGCGACGCGGAGGGCAGACCUCUACCGCGCCUCUCCUGGUUCAAAGACAACCAGCCUCUCCACCAAAUGUCAGGGAUCCAGCUGCAGGACUCAAACCGCACACUGAGUAUCCAACGGGUUACGGAGGAGGACGCCGGUCUUUACACCUGCACCGCCUGCAACCAGCGCGGUUGUGUCCACUCCUCAGCUGCCGUCCGGGUCAUCGGUUCAAGUGACAAGGCCAAUGUGGAGAUUGUAAUCCUCAUCGGGACGGGAGUCAUUGCUGUUUUCUUCUGGGCGUUGCUCAUCCUCAUCUUCUGCAAUGCAAAGCGGGUUAACCCGGCAGACAUAAAGACGGGCUAUCUGUCAAUCAUUAUGGACCCUGGGGAGGUGCCUCUGGAUGAACAGUGUGAAUACCUGCCCUACGACUCCUCUCAGUGGGAGAUCUCCAGAGACAAACUCCGACUUGGAAAGGUCUUAGGCCACGGUGCCUUUGGAAAAGUAAUUGAGGCAUCAAUCUACGGCGUCAGCAAGAGCAGCAGUUUGGACACAGUGGCUGUCAAGAUGCUGAAAGAUGGAGCCACAGCCAGUGAGCACAAGGCCUUGAUGUCAGAGUUAAAGAUACUGAUUCACAUUGGUAACCAUCUGAAUGUGGUAAACCUGCUAGGAGCCUGCACCAAACCAAAUGGUCCACUGAUGGUGAUAGUGGAAUACUGCAAGUAUGGGAAUCUGUCCAACUUCCUACGAGCAAAGAGAGAGUUCUUCCUCCCAUACAGGGAUCGCUCUCCUAAAACUCAGAGCCAGGUUAGACGGAUGAUUGAGGCGGGUCAAAUGGACCAAAGACCUCCCCACCCUCCCACUCCACGCUCCUCCCCACUCAUCAAUCCUCAGAGUCCGUCAUCCAACACGCCCAAUGAGAAUCCAGCAGUGGAGAAAAUGGAGGACUUGUGGAAAACUCCUCUGACGAUAGAAGAUCUAAUUUGCUACAGUUUCCAGGUGGCUCGUGGGAUGGAGUUCCUGGCCUCCAGAAAGUGUAUCCACAGAGACCUGGCAGCCCGCAACAUUCUCCUGUCAGAGAGCAACAUUGUGAAGAUCUGUGACUUCGGCCUGGCCAGAGACAUAUACAAAGACCCCGACUACGUCAGGAAAGGCAAUGCUCGCCUGCCUUUAAAGUGGAUGGCUCCAGAGAGCAUCUUUGACAAAGUGUACACCAGCCAGAGUGACGUGUGGUCUUUUGGAGUUCUCCUCUGGGAAAUCUUCUCACUGGGUGCUUCUCCGUACCCGGGAGUACAGAUUGACGAAGACUUUUGCAAACGAUUGAAAGAUGGCGUGCGGAUGAGGGCACCGGAGACUGCCUCCCCCGAAAUAUACGGCAUCAUGCUGGCCUGCUGGCACGGUGAGCCAAAAGAAAGACCACCAUUCCCAGCCCUGGUGCAGAUCCUGGGAGACCUGCUCCAGGACAACAGCCUACCUGAUGGGAAGGACUACAUACCUUUGAACCACUCACAAAGCUCAGAGGACGAUGGCUUCUGGCAGGCCUCUUCACGCCCUCCAUCUGAGGAGGAACUGAGACUGGCCUGCAACACUCUACCCGCCAGGUAUUACAACUGCGUGCCCUUUACCGGCUGUGUGUUUGUGGGACCCUCCAAAAUAUGCCAGCCUAGAGUGCAGACAUUUGAAGAGUUUCCCCUGGGGAUGCAUCCACAGAAAGCUCCUGAAGACAACCAGACAGACAGCGGUAUGGUUCUGGCCUCUGAAGAAUUCGAAAGAAUUGAACACAAGCACAGGGGCGCCGUCUCAAAAAGUCGUAUGGGCAGCAGCAGCAGCACCGAGCCGCUGACAGCCUCCCAUGGUUCCCUGGGUCGCAGCAGUGGCGCCGGCGGCUCCAGGCACCGUCCCCACUUCUUUAGCCAGCUUUCAGGACAGACCUUCUACAACAACGAGUACGGACACCUGUCCGAGGAAGGCUUCUGCGACUUCUUCUCCUCACCUGACGGUCCCUGCCUGGCCUCCUCCAACGUGUAAUCUAACCAAAGAUGCAGCUCGAGAGAAUAAAGGGGGUUAAAAAAAGUGGGACAGCUCUGGUCGAUGGAAGGCGUGUAGGGUUUAGUAAACUUCCAGUUGUGACAUGUAACUAGUCAUUUAUAAAUGAAGUUAAGGGUUAUAGACCCUUGUGACCAGAGCUUACAUCUACUCAUCCCUUCCUCUCUCCUCUCGGGCAGCUGCCUCAACAAACAGACUGAGCCAUAUGUGCCUGAAGAUCCUUUAACCAGCCACUGGGUGGCAGCAUUAUGACAAAAACAAACCCUCAGUAUUUUCUAUUCAUCUUUAUAUUUUUAUCUUUUAUAUACAGUAUUCUCUCUUCAUUUGUAAAAAAAAAAAAAUAUGACUCAUAUGGGAAGAAAUAAAGAAAUGUAU